CAGCUCCAGCCCCAACCCUUCAGGUAGCUCUUUGGACACCACCAUGUCUGUCCUGUAUCCAUCACUAGAAGACCUGAAGGUGGAUAAAUUCUAUCAGGCUCAGGCUUCUGUGAUUCCCAAGAUGCUGGCACUCCCAGCCCAGGAAACUUCAUCCUCACAGCCCGUUUUGUACCCAAAUUUGGAUGAAUUAGGAAGUUACAUGGGUCUCUCUCUCUCAAGUCAAGAAGUCCAAGAGAAUCUGUCUCUGACUCCAGGAAGCGACAGUCAAGGGGCAGCUCCCACUCUACAAGGUCAGAUGGUGGCCCCAGUGACUGGAAAUAACUCGGGCGUGCGAAGAGCUGAGAUCAAGCCAGGUGUGCGGGAGAUCCACCUGUGCAAGGAUGAGAGGGGGAAGACGGGGCUUCGGCUGAAGGACAUCGACAAGGGCCUUUUUGUCCAGUUGGUCCAGGCCAACACUCCAGCCUCCCUUGUGGGCCUACGCUUUGGGGACCAGAUCCUACAAAUUAAUGGGAGAGACUGUGUUGGUUGGAGCACAGACAAGGCCCGCAAAGUGUUGAAGAAGGCUUCAGCUGAGAAGAUUGUCAUGAUUGUGAGGGACAGGCCUUUCCAGAGAACUGUCACCCUGCACAAGGACAGCAAUGGCUCUGUGGGCUUUGUGAUGAAGAAGGGGAAAGUGAUUUCCAUUGUCAAAGGCAGUUCUGCAGCCCAAAACGGGCUCCUCACCAACCACUAUAUCUGUGAGGUGAAUGGGCAGAAUGUCAUUGGGCUCAAGGAUAAAGAGACUACAGAGAUCCUGGCCACAGCUGGAAAUGUGGUCACCCUCACCAUCAUCCCCACGGUGAUUUAUGAGCACAUGAUUAAAAAGCUCUCUGCUACCCUGUUGCAUACUUCCAUGGAUCAUUCUGUUCCUGAUCUCUGAAGCCAAGGGCCUGGGGAGCCA